AUGGUAAAGAACCUCAAGAAUAAACAUAGAUUAGAUCUGUUGGGCUUGAUUGAGACUAAACGGGAGAUAGUGACGAGAUAUGAUGUGGCAAGAAUAUGGGGGCAGGAUAGUGCGGGUUGGGAAUAUGUAGGAUCUGAAGGUGCAGCAGGUGGAAUUCUAUUAAUAUGGGAUGAAUCAGUGUUUAAAUCGAAUAAUUGCUAUAAAGGGGAGAGAUGGCUAUGUGUUGAAGGGGUCCUGGUGAAGAGUAGUUUCAACUGUGCGUUUUUCUUGGUAUAUGGUGCACAUGACAGGGAUGCGAAGUUGAAGGUGUGGGAAGAGCUGAGCUAUAUAGCUGGGUUAUGCCAGGUGCCGAGUUGUUAUAUGGGAGAUUUUAAUGAAAUAGUAAAUGUGGAGGAGCGACAAGAAGCAGAUGGGUUAUCUCGGUUUGCGGAAGAAUUCAAGGAUUGGAUACAAGAUAUGGAGUUAGUGGACUUGCUGCUCAAUGAUCGUAUGUUCACAUGGUUUUGGGGACGAUCUUGUAGUCGUAUUGAUAGAGCUCUGGUUAGCCUGGAGUGGUUAGAGCAGUUUCCGGAGACGCGGAUACAAGAUGGACCGAGGGGAUUGUCAGAUCAUUGUCCUAUUAUAUUAGAAGACAAAAAACAAAGGGGAGGUCCAAGGCCAUUCAGAAGCUUAGAUUCCUGGUUUACACAUGAAGGGUUCCUCAGAAUGGUGAAAGAGGAGUGGAGAGGAUUGGGGCAGAUUCAGUUCACAGAUAAAUUGAAGGCGUUGACAGUCCCGUUGGGGAGAUGGCAUAAGGCCAAUUUUAGUGAUAUGGACAAGAAGAUUACGACCUUUGAGGAAGAAAUUAAGAAGAUAGAUGAUAUGGUGAGCAGUGGAGUGUAUGACGGUACGAUGGAGGCUAGACGAAAAGGAGAGUCUCCUAUGAUGGGAUUUAGGGAUGAUCUGGUGAGGAGGAUAGGUCAGGAUGAUGCGAAAAAGUUGGAAAUGAUGCCGUCUGCUGAUGAGAUAAGGGAGGCUGUGUGGGACUGUGGGACUGUGAGUCUUCUAAGGCACCUGGCUGUGACGGGUACAACAUGA